UGCCAUCGACUACGUCAAGAUGCGGCUGAUAGCAGCGGCCGCUGUUAUCAUUGUAAGCUGCCUCUUAAUGGCGCUGACGUUCAUGGGGGUCCUGAAGAAGACGGGAUCCCAGAAAAACCUGCCCUGCGUCAGCGAAGAGUGCCAGGAGGUGAUGCUCCGGGCCGACAGCCUAGCGGACAGCAACGUCCAACCCUGCCGUGACUUCUACCGCCACGUGUGCUAUCACUGGAUUGAGAGGCCAACGGGCAAGCAGCCAUCCUCGUUCAUGAUUGACGUGGCGCGCAACUUCACGCAUGUCUGGCACCGGGAGCUCACCGUGGACCGUAUACAAGGCGACUAUGUGCCGCUGAAGCAGGACGCCUCACAUUUCUACCGUUCCUGUCGCGCCUUUCUCGAAAAACCGAUUGACGUCGGCGCCGUCGCGCAGGAAUUGUUCAACGCGCUGAAGGUACCCUUGCCAAAAUGGUUCGCGGAAACGAGUUCGGAAAACUUCUUGCACAAUAUCCUUCACCUUUCUCUGGUGAACCGUUUCCACACGCUGGUCAGCACAACCCCUAUCGUGAGUGACACGGAAAAGGCUCUCCUGAUCCGCAGAGAGCCACCGUUUCACCUUCUGGUGACACCCAUGUACGAGUGGCACCUGGGAAAGUACGCGAGAGCCGUCCUCAAGGCGAUUGGCAAGGAACACGCCAGCGACGCGGUCAUCGACGAAGUCCUGAAGCUGGACCUCAAGAGAGCCCACAUGGUUGUCCAGGCGGGAAGAUCAGAGCGAAGGCUGGAAGACGCCAGCUGUCAGGGUUUCCCAGCGGAUACCUGGUGGCGAGCACUCGAGAAGGAUCUCUCCCGGGAAGGACACGUGGCGAAGAUAGCAGGUGCGGACGCAAUCUGCAAGGACCUGAACAGCGUCCUCAUACGUACCACCAGCGCGGCUCGACCGCUGUACGUGCUCGCACUUCUAGCGGUCCCCGUAUUCACGUACGAUUACGAGCUGUCCGAGGACCGCAGUGAUGUCGCCGUCAAGGGUGCUUGCUACCGUGCCACAGGGGCUGCGUACGAGGACGUCUGGCUGCAGCUGAUGAGCAGCUUCCUGUCCGUCAGUAAGCGUGUCGAGGAGGUGGUCGACGAGUACAUGCGCUUCAUCAAGUCCCGCAUGAGCGACCACAUCCGCGCCAGGAGCUGGAUGAGCGAACGCGACCGCAGCGUUUCGCUCGGCAAGCUCCAACAGGCGCGGAUGUUGCGCUUCCGCUCCGCCGCGUUGACCGAGAGGGCGGUUCGGUGCUACGCCGGAAAGUACAGCAAGUCGGCGAACUUCACUUCGAACCUGGUGGUGCUGCGUGGCCGCGAUGUCGAGAAGUGUCUGUUCUACCCGGAAUUCAGCGGCAGCGACUCCCGCGUCACGAAGAUCCUGGCCGGCACGGACUUGGUCGCAGACCCGGAGACCCUGACGGUGUACGUGCCGGUAUCGUUCGCGAUUCCCCCGAUGUACUACCGGCGAGUCCAGGACGACAAGUUCGUCAACAUGGCGACGCUGGGCGUCCAGCUCGCGCGCAAGGUACUCUCCUUCCUGGACCGGAAGAGCUUCAACCCAGAGGCGACGGUCGACAACGGGACAGCGGGCACCACCAAAGGCGACGGCUGGAGCCCCGGUACGCUGGCCAACUACACGGCCAUCCAGACGUGCUACUCGGGCGUCUCGGCCAGGUACCUCAGGCACCUCGACGACUCCCAGUUCGACGACGCGUUCGCGGUCGUGGACGCCUUGCGGCUCGCGUACGCCGGCAAGAUCGAGUACGACGUCGACGUCGUCAAGAGGAAGGAGAAGCGCUUGAAGGACUCGAACGCGGCGUUGUUCAAGCUUGCCUGCCUUUCUCUGUGCACGGCCCGCGACGCCCCUGCUGACGUCAACACCCUGGACUUCGAGACGUCGUACGCGGCGUGCCUGUUUGCCGUGACUAGCCUGCCUCAGUUCGCCCAGGCCCUUCAGUGUCAGCCCCGAGACCGCAUGUGGAGCAUAAACCGAUGCUGUGUCGACUAGACACCCUCCCAAUGCGU